AUGGCGGGACCGGCAGCGAACCUCCACGACCCGAAAGUCACGUUCGAGGAGUAUCUCUACUGGGCCGCCAUCACACGGGCCGAGGAGAAGCUGGCCAACGAGCGGUACCUGCAGGCCCGGGGCCCGACGACAUGGAAGAGCGUCAUCAAGGACAGGUUCCGUAAGGGCGACGAGCACGAGGAGAGGUUCCAAGGCGGGAACGGGGGCGUCAGUGGGAUUGCCGGGGACGCGGGCAACAGCGAGAAGAACAACGACGACGGGAGCGACAAGGCGUUGCAGCAGCCUGCGUCGGACGGACACGACGGGGCGGCAGCAGCAUCAGUAACAGCAGCAGCAGCCGCCGUGACGCCUGAGGAGUGGAAGAGGGCAAGUCGGGCGAUGAGGACCGCGAGCUGGGGCGCCAUCUUCUACCUGAUUACGACGGACAUCCUAGGACCGUUUUCAACGCCAUGGGCCUUUGCGCAGAUGGGGUACGGACCGGGCAUCGCGCUCUACACCGUCUUCGGCAUCAUGUCGUUCUACUCCGGCUGGAUCCUCUACCAGUCCUUCCUCGGCCUCGACUCGGACCGGUACCCGCUCCGGGGCUACGGCGACUUGUACUUCCGCGUCUUCGGCGCGCGCGCGCGGCACGCCGUCAACCUCGCCCAGGGCCUGCAGCUGCUGCUCUUCGUCGGCGUGCUGAUCCUCGGCAACGGGCAGUCCAUCGCCCAGAUCUCCCGGGGCCCAGACGGCGGCGCGGGCGUCUGCUUCGUCGCGUGCCUCGUCAUGUUCACGGCUGCCGGCUUCGUGCUCGGCCAGGUGCGCACCCUGCAGCGCUUCUCGUGGAUCGCGAACCUGGCCGUCUGGGCGAACCUGCUGAUCAUCUUCAUCUGCAUGGGCGUCGUGGCCCACUCGCCGCCCAACUUCGCCGCGACCCAGGCCUCCUUCGGCGACGCCUUCGGUCCCGGGCCCGUCCUGACGUACGCCGGCACGCCGCCCCCCGGUAAGGCGUCCGGAGGGUCCGGGUUCCUGGGGUCGAUGAACGGGCUCAAUCAGGCCGUCUACUCGUACGGCGGGUGCCUCAUCUUCGCGGCCUUCAUGGCCGAGAUGCGGCACCCAAUGGACUUUUGGAAGGCGCUGCUGUGCGGCGAGGCCUUCAUCUACGCCUGUUACCUCGUCUUCGGGCUGUAUGUCUACUCUUUCCAGGGCCAGUACGCCUUCAACCCGGUUACGCAGAGCCUGUCGCCGUACUGGUGGCAGACGGCGACCAACGUCCUCGGGCUCGCCACGGGGCUAGUCGCAGCGGGCCUGUACGGGAACAUUGGCAUGAAGGUGCUCUAUGUCGAGCUGCUUCAAGGCGUCUUCGGGGCUCCGCCGUUGACGGAGGCGGCAGGUAAGAUGCUGUGGGCGGCCGCGGUGCCGGCGUACUGGGCGCUCGCCUUCGUCGUCGGCGCUGCCGUGCCGCAGUUCUCGCUCGUGUCGGGCUUCAUCGGCGCACUCUUCAUCCUUAGCUUCACCUACACCCUGCCGGCGCUGCUCGGGCUCGGGUUCUGGGUCCGCAGGGACGCCAUGGUGCCCGAGGAGGAAGGGUUCGACCCGGCGACGGGGCGGUACGCGUACGUCGACGGCGGGUUCCGGCGGUACUGGAGGGGGUUCCUGAGGCGGCCCGUCUUCAACACGUGGAACUUUGUGUACAUGCUCGGCGGGCUCGUGACGACGGCGCUGGGCAUGUACUCGUCAAUCGAGGGCUUGGUGGAGGCGUUCGACGGCAAGUCUCGGGCCACGAGCUUUGGGUGUGCGAGCCCGGUGUAA